AUGGCUCCAAAAGCAGAAAAGAAACCAGCUUCCAAAGCUCCAGCUGAAAAGAAACCAGCUGCCAAAAAGACCGCUUCCACUGAAGGUGGUAAAAAAAGAACCAAGGCUAGAAAAGAAACUUACUCCUCAUACAUUUACAAAGUUUUGAAACAAACCCACCCAGAUACUGGUAUUUCUCAAAAAGCCAUGUCUAUUAUGAACUCCUUUGUUAAUGAUAUCUUUGAAAGAAUUGCUUCUGAAGCUUCUAAAUUAGCUGCUUACAAUAAGAAAUCUACCAUUUCUGCUAGAGAAAUCCAAACCGCUGUUAGAUUGAUCUUGCCAGGUGAAUUGGCUAAACAUGCUGUUUCCGAAGGUACCAGAGCUGUCACCAAAUAUUCAUCUGCUUCUAAUUAG